AUGGCGGGCAAGAAAUUUAUUUCUCUUUCUAUGCUUGUGAUGAUUUUAGGCAUGCUAGUAACAAAAUUUGAUGCUCGCCAAAUUGAUGACGUGAGCUGUACUUCGGCUCUUUUUUCGCUGUUGCCAUGUCUUCCUUUCUUGCAGGGUGUUGGCCCUGCUACACCAACUAGUUAUUGUUGUGCAGGAGCAAAUGAUUUAAAUCAAAAGGCUGACUCCACUCAGAGUCGGAGGGAUGUGUGCAACUGUCUCAAACCCGCUGCAUCAAGAUUCGGAGUUAAGUCUGAUAGAUCAACUCAACUACCAAAACUUUGCAACAUUACUCUCAAUGUCCCAUUUGAUCCAAGCGUCGAUUGCAACACGGUUCAAUGA